CUGAAAAAGUUUAGAUCACUUCGAAAUGGAAUCUCACGCGUUAAGACUUUAUCUAGUAUGAUCAUCUCACCACCCUGAACAUUUACUGACAAUUUACUCCACGCGUGGGUUUCGAGUAAAGAUGAGCGCAGACUGCAAGAGCUACUACAAUGCAGAGAAAGUGUUUGUGGAUGGAUUCACGUGCCCCAAAUCGGACAGUGACGCCCGGUCAAUUUUUUGUUGCGGUUUUAACGAUGUGAAAUAUUGCUGCGAUGACCCCAACAGUUUUUUCCCUUAUGAGUAUGGAUACAUGUGGUGGCUGAGUCUGGGAGCUCUCGUGGGUCUCUCCAUAGCAGCUGCGGUUCUGCUAGCCUUCAUCAUCACCAUCUGUGUGCUCUGCUAUUUGUUCAUUGCCACCAAACCCAGAGGUUUGGACAAUGGGCUCCCUCUUCAAUCUCUAGGUAAUGAGCCAAGCCCACAGCAGGGACCGAGCCAAUGUGUUGCCCCCACUGGUCCACAAGGGCUUCGGAAGCAUUUCCUGAGGGGCAAGUUAGACUGUGACAAUCAACCUCCUGACCCAGAUCGCCUCUUUCAGAGGUGCUUCAUGGCUACUGUCACGACAAUCAACGUGGAAGGUCCUUCAUAGACUGGCAGAGGCACCUCAAACCAGUAUUACAGUUAUUUAUGCACUGUAGAAACAUUCUCUUUCCUUCUAUUUAACUCUUUUCCGCUUUGGUUGGAAUUGGCUUUUUUUUUCUUCUCUUUCUUCCUUUUACAGUUCGGUCACUAUAAAUGAUCUACUCCUUUCUUUAUUGAAUUUUAAACCUGCAUUAAGCACAGGAAAUGGAAAGAGAGGGGGAUGGAAGCUGAUCAUCAACUGAAAGUGUAAACAUCUUGAAGAAAUAAGCUUAUAUUAUAUGUAUAUAUCAAUAUUUAGUUUUCAAGAAGCAGAAUUGGUGAUUAAUUGGUGUUCAGUCAGCUAAGGAAUGACAUCACUAUCAAACUGUAACAGCAUAUCCCAUUCUGUUUCUUUACAAGCUUUUUGAAACCAUUUAGUACAUACAACCACAACUUUUAAAAUGUUAUAAUAUCACAAAUCUUUUGGUAAAAGAUUUGCUACUGUCAAUUCAUCACUAUAAUUAUGACACAUAACAUUGACAUUUGGCGACUUCUCUGUACAAAAAACACCACCAUAAUUUAAAAUUUUCGAUAAUGUCAAGGCAAGAAAGCUGCAGAAGCAAAUGCAUUACAGUAACACACACAUCUACUACAACAGUGUCAGAGGAGUGUGUUAGGAUUAUUGGUCUUUUAUAUAGACCGCUUUGUCAGGCAUGAAGCUAAUGCAUCUGCAGUUUCUAGG